AUCGCAGUUGAAAAAGCCCGGGAAGUGUGGAAUAUUGUUUAUUUUCAACCGUAGAGAUGAAUUGUGACGACUUGUUACUUUAACUGUGUAAUUUUUCUUCGACGUGUUAUUGAAUUUGUGAAAUAUUGUUGCCUGGUUCGAUGUUUCGUAUUUGUUUAUUUACUGCCGUAAUUGGGAAAUCUGGUCCAUUCUUUGUGCUGUGGGUUUGAAGAGUGAGUAAAAUGGCACUCCGUGAAAUAGGAAGUGGACGAAGGGCUCAAAGCUGUGACAGGAAAUCAGCACUCCCAGUGCCCUUAGGAGCCAAGCAUCAGCGCUCUAGUUCUGUGGGUCCAAAUACUCAAUGUAUGUAUAGCACUCCACUGGUAAGACAGAACAGUGCCAUAAGCAGAAGUUCAACAAGAGGUACCAGUGCAAGAAAAUUCUUAGGGAAUGUGCAGUUCCCUACUGCAGACAGAGAAUUCCAAAGAUAUGCAGUGAACAAGGUGCGCAAUUAUUUUCAGCAGAAUUCAAACCUAAACAUUCGUUGGUCAACAUUUGGUUCACAACCUUUGUCAGUUGCAACCUAUGUAGAGAUGUUCAAUUUCUUACUUAAGUUGUUAUUCAAGGACACAAACUUGGACACUAAAAAUUACGUAGAUGAACUACCGCAAUGCAUGAGGGCACUUUCAUAUCCAGUAAACAUUCAGAAGUCAUCUCUUCACACAAUGAACACAAAAAACUCCUGGCCAAGUCUUCUCAGUAUGUUUGUUUUUCUGGUUGACCACGUUAGUUUAAUUGACAAGUCUGAAGUAUCAGAAAUGGUAUGCCCAGACAGUGGUGAUAAUCAAGACUUUGAAGUUCAGAAUGAAGUGUUUUGGCAUUCAUUGAAGAUUUAUAAAAUUUGGAAUGACUAUGCUGAGGGAGAUGAUGAGAGGAUAAUCAACAAAGAAAAUGAGGCGCUUAAAGAAAAAUUAAAAAAACUACAUCCUGUUGAUGAGGAAGAUUUGAAUGCUUUGGAAGAAGAGAUAAAAAUCUUGGAAAUGGAGCUGGACAAGAAUAAUUGCUCAAACUUAGAAGAAGUAGUGCAGAUGUUACAAACCAAGAAGAAUGGGUUAUGUAACGAUGAGGAAAUGGUACAGUUGGAAGUAAACAAACUACAAAAUGUAAAAAAAGAAAGGGAAAGGCAAAUUGAAGAGAGAGAAAAUAAAUUACAUUUGCUCGAGGAAUAUAACAAUAAAAAAAGAAAAGACAUUCAGAGGUUGGAAGAGAUAUGCAAGACACAGGAAAUGACCGUAGAAGAUAAAGAGAAAAACCUACAGGAAUGUUUGGAACUGCGGCAGAGAAUAAAAGAUGCUGAAGAGCUGUGCUCAUCACUGAAGACAUCAUCAUACAAGACUGAUCAAGAGAUUGCAAAAAUUAAAACAGAGGUUGAUAAUCCUUACGUAGAGCUGAAGAAGUUUCAGUGUGAGAAAGUCAACAUACCUGAAGUAUCUGGUCUCAAGAUAGGAUCUCGUUACAAUCUUGAGGACUGGAAAUAUGCAAAAACUGAGCUGCGUAAUCUUAAAAAACAACUUGUCUCAAAAAAGCUUCAUCUAGGAAAGUCGUCUGUGGACCUUAAGAAAGAAGUUUCUAUGUGGAAGGAACAACUUGAUCAAUUACUGGAAGAUGAAACAAAUGGAAAACGUCAUCUGCAGGAUCUGGAUGAAUGUCUGCAAAAACUGAGAAGCGACAGUAAGAAGAUUGAUACUAAUAUUGCAAAAAAGGAAGAAGAACUAGAAAAAAAACAGCAGAUACUGAAGGAGCUAACCUCUGAAGUUCAAAGUGUUAUUGCAGAACUAGAAGACUACAAAAAACUGUAUGCAACUGUAGUUUCUGAAGGUGAACAGAAGAUAAAAGAGAAGGAGGAAGAAUUGGAGUGGAUGAAAGAGAACUUAUUAGAAGUUAAGAAAGACUUCAUAGAAAAAUCUGGAUGGACUGAUAUCAAACUCUGAAGUCCUGUGACGGCAGAUCGGGACAGUUCUGCAAUCAAAUCUAAAUUUGUGACUUUGUGUUUCAUUGCCAUUUUAUAUGUGAUCAAAGAUUGUGACAGACCCACUAUCUGUAAUGUUUACAACUAUUAAAGUUACAGAUAUUUUACUAUGUGUAAAUGAAGCUAA